AUGCCGAAACGAUCUGAUCUUGGCCGUAAAUCGCGCAAUACACGUAAUCGUGCUGCAAGGAGAAAUGAAGAGACUGCAGAGCAACGAAGUCAGCAUAAUGAGCAAAGUAGACAACGUAUGGACAGAUCACGUUCUGCUCAUUCGAAUGAAAAACGGGAAACACGUAAUAAUAAUGAUCGUGAAAGAAUGAGACGAAAUCGUGCAGUGCAAGGUCAACAAAAUACGAACAUGAAUCAGCGUAUUAGGAGACAGAGGUCAAUUGUACAAAAUCUCAACAGAGCAGCGUUUGCAUAUAAUCAUUUGUAUGACUAUAGUUUGCACAAUUCUGUUGUAAUUGGAACCAUGACUGAUGUUUGCAAACAUUGUAAGGCACUGAAAUUUCAAAAUGAAACCGAUGGUCUUUGUUGUUCCGGUGGAAAAGUUAAACUACCGGAAUUAAAACUUCCCCCUGAACCAUUACGAUCAUUUGUAUCGGGAACAACACCAUUAUCAAGGCAUUUUUUGGACAAAAUUCAAACGUAUAAUUCCUGUUUUCAAAUGACAUCGUUUGGUGCUUCGAAAAUAAUCACAGAUAAUUUCAUGCCAACAUUCAAGAUUCAAGGGCAAAUUUACCAUCAAGUCGGAUCUUUAUUACCAUUCGCGGAUGCAAAUUAUGAGUUUUUACAAAUUUAUUUUAUUGGCAAUACCGAAGAUGAAAUUGAUCGACGCUGUACAAUUGCCACUAAUUCUCGACGAGCAAUAGUUGGAGAACUGACAGAAUUUUUCCAUGCUCAUAAUUUAUUGGUUCGAUUGUUCAAAACAGCGAUGGAUCGAAUGCCAUCAGACAACCAUAAAAUUGUGAUUCGUCCAGACAAAGUACCUGUAGGCGAACACUCUAGACGAUUCAAUGCUCCCACUAUCGACGAUGUUGCAAUUGUAAUUGUUGGCCAAGAUUUUCAAAAGCGUGAUAUUGUGCUUCAUCGUAGAACAAACGAGCUAACACGCGUGUCUGAAACGCAUCGUUGCUACGAUGCUUUACAAUAUCCAAUAUUAUUUUGGGAAGGCGAAGAUGGCUAUCAUUUCAAUAUAAAAAUGAUAAGCCCAGCUACAGGCGCACAAACGAAUAAAAAAGUUAGCGCUAUGAAUUAUUAUUCAUAUCGAUUAAUGAUUCGUGAAAAUGAAGAAUCUCACAUUCUGAAAUGCAGAAGAUUGUUCCACCAAUUUGUCGUGGAUAUGUAUGCAAAAAUUGAGACCGAGCGCUUAAACUCUAUCAAAUUCAACCAGACUAAGUUACGGUCCGAGGAAUACAUUCACUUACGGGAUGCAGUGAAUAACGAUGGAAAUGUGAAUGACAUCGGUAGAAUGAUCAUAUUACCAGCAACAUAUACUGGUAGCCCGCGACACAUGCAUGAAUAUGCACAGGAUGCCAUGGCGUAUGUUCGCGCUUAUGGACGGCCGGAUCUGUUUAUUACUUUUACAUGCAAUCCGCAAUGGAGUGAAAUCAAAGACCAUUUAUUUCCUGGCCAAUCCCUAAUUGAUCGACACGACCUAACUGCACGUAUUUUCAAACAAAAACUAAAAUCACUUAUGGACUUUAUUGUCAAACAUAGAGUGUUUGGAGAGGUGCGUUGUUAUAUGUAUUCCGUUGAAUGGCAAAAGCGGGGAUUACCGCACGCACACAUUUUGAUUUGGUUGGUUGAUAAAAUUACACCGGAUCAAAUUGAUAGUGUGAUAUCAGCUGAAAUACCGGAUCAAAUGAUUGAUCCAGAUUUGUUCGAAGUCGUCACAAAAAAUAUGAUACAUGGACCUUGCGGUGCAUUGAAUCUGAACUCUCCGUGCAUGAUUGAUGGAAAAUGUUCGAAGCGAUACCCACGAGCAUUAAUUUCGAAUACGGUCACAGGUGACGAUGGAUAUCCGGCAUAUCGUCGUCGAUCAACUGAUGCCAAUGGUAAAUCAACGAUAAUUAAGAUGAGAAAUCAAAAUGUUGAAGUUGACAAUCGUUGGAUUGUUCCAUAUUGUCCAUUGUUGUCCAAAACAUUCAAAGCGCAUAUUAACGUGGAAUACUGUAAUUCCGUUAAAUCAAUUAAAUACAUUUGCAAAUAUGUAAAUAAAGGAAGCGAUAUGGCUGUAUUCGGUGCAGUCCAAAAUGACAACGACGAGAUUAAAAAAUAUCAAAUGGGGCGUUAUAUAAGCAGUAACGAAGCGAUAUGGCGAAUUUUUUCAUUCCCAAUCCACGAAAGACAUCCAACAGUCGUUCAUUUAGCGGUUCACCUUGAAAAUGGCCAACGCGUUUAUUUUACUCCUGAAAAUGCAGCGCUUAGAGCAACAAGUGCACCGAUUACAACUUUGACUGCCUUUUUUCAUUUAUGUCAAUCGGACAAUUUUGCAAGAACAUUGCUAUAUGCAGAAGUGCCACAAUAUUUCACAUGGGAUAAAUCCAGGAUAACAUUUCAAAGGCGAAAACAAGGCAAACCAGUUCAAGGUCAUCCUAAUGUGUUCUCAACAGAUGCAUUAGGACGCAUUUAUACAGUUCAUCCAAAUAAUGCUGAGUGUUUUUACCUGCGAUUGUUGUUAGUUAAUGUUCGUGGCCCAACAUCAUUCCAAGCUUUAAGAACAAUUAAUGGUGAAUUGUGCGCUACAUAUCGUGAAGCAUGUCAAAAAUUAAAUUUGUUGGAGGAUGAUAAGCAUUGGGAAGAUAAGCUUGUCGUUUCAGCUGUAAUAGCCAGUCCACAUCAAAUACGAACAUUAUUUUCGAUAAUAAUUGCAAUGUGCUCCCCAUCUAAUCCAUUGGAAUUAUGGAAUAAUUUCAAAGAUUAUAUGGCAGAUGAUAUUUUAAACCAAAUGCGUCGAGCUACUGCAAAUUAUGAGUUGGAAUUCACUUUGGAAAUUUACAAUGAAGCAUUGAUAAGGAUUAGCGACAUUUGUUUGUCGAUGUCAAACAAAUCGUUAGUACAAUUGGGCAUGCCAGCAGCAAAUCGUCCAGUCCAUGAUAUGUUCAAUCGAGAACUGGAGCGUGAAUACCAUUAUGAUUGUAAUGAACUAAACACAUUUGUAACAUCAAAUUUAACGAAAUUGAAUGACCAACAGCAACAUGUUUAUGAUACAAUCAUGAAUAAUGUUAGCCAUGGAACUGGUGGAUUGUUUUUCUUGGAUGCUCCUGGGGGAACAGGAAAGACCUUUUUGAUUUCAUUGCUAUUAGCAACAAUUCGAUCAAAUAAUAACGUUGCAUUGGCACUCGCUUCUUCCGGAAUUGCGGCUACAUUACUGGAAGGCGGUCGCACAGCACAUUCUGCAUUAAAGUUGCCUUUGAAUAUGCAGAAUCAACGUUAUCUAGAUCAGAUUGAAGGUUUAAAGAGUCCACUGUACUUGCAAUCCUCGAGUAUAUCUUUAAAUCAUCGGCAUACAAGAGAAAAUUUGCGUUAUUAA